AUGGACGCGGAUGAUAGUGAAAAUCGGUAUAUGGGUACAGAAAAACAUGUUUAUAAUCCGAUAAAAUUAAUUUCCGUUUUCGAUCCAACGGCGGACCGGUUAUUAAAUUAUAACGAAGACGGAAAAAUAACAAACUAAAUCGAUUACUGCAGCACAAACUGCAACGGCUGUCUGCGCCUAAGUGAAAACCCGUACAUAAUCGCAGGAAACUACCGAGUCGUCCUGGGACGCACAUCGGUGCGCAAGGCUGCCGACCAAUCGUCGACAUCCGGAGAGUGUGCCGUCGAAUCUGUAGUUCAGACAGGAGUACCAUCGAGUAUAUAUGGAAAAUCAAAAUCAAAAUCUCAAAUUUAUUCGUCAAAUAAAUUGCAGGAGAUAUGGCUUGAAUUCGGUUUGCGAAAUAGUAAUUGUGAACCCAAUCACCGAGACAAGUAAUAAUAAUAAACAAUGUAAAUAAUCGUGAUAUGACAACUGUAAAUAUUAACGAAAAUUGAACGAAGGUAAAACAAAUUUCGAAAGCUAUUUAUUUUGGAAAAAUCAAACAAUUAUACGUAGAUCAGAAUACAAAUGUUUUGCUUUUAUCGAAUUUUUUGUAAUUCAAAUCACUAGUCAUUGUUUUAUAUUCUAUCAAAAUUAUAAUUAAGUGUCGUAGACACGUUCGAUCACGACGCAAUUAUUAUUUUCAGAAUAUUUCAGGAAAUCAUACGCGUCCCCUCUCGUCAUCCGAAUUUGUCGUCGUUUAUUUAGCUUAAUUUCUCUCCCUCUCUCUGUCUCUAGCCCGUUGUCGAACCAACGCUGUCGGGGUCUUGCGUCUGAUCGACACAUCGACACACACUACGCGAUUAUAAUGCACACUUAUAUCGUGGACGAGAGGGGAUCGUAUGGAGUAUGCUCGACGGUGCCGAACCGGGUCAGUCGCCUUCCCCCGCGGCGGCCAAUAUUCCUACUACGGAAUCACUAUAAGUAGGUACAUGACGA